AGUCGGGACUUCUAUGAAGUAGCUAGCUGUCAACAAACUAAAGCAACCACAUUUCGUUUAUUUGGACUAUUUCUCACGCACAAGGGCAGCAUGCAUUGACGACGGACUUGAGAUAUAACGUAGAGAUGUUACAGAUUUUCUGAGUCAGGACCGACGAGGAAUGUUCAGGAAUUCUUUAUUGUAUUGUUGACUUACUAGCUCGGAAGUUAGCUAAGUUAGCCAGAGAGCUUAUUGAAUUUAACUAGCUGACAGCUAGUUUAGCUCCUCUCGCUGCCCUUACUUUUAUUCCUUUAUCUAAGGUACCGGCCACCAAAAUAGUCGUUUGGUGCCCCCAUAAGUUGCUGCCAUGGCUGACAGCAGCAUAGUGACUUUAGGGACAGCUCGGAGUCUGCUCGUGGAUUCUUUGGUCUAUGAUUCCAGGAUCGCCGAAACCACCAAGGACCAUGUAUUUCUGGGCAUGGCAUGUGAAGAUGGGGAAGAUAUGCUGCCAAAAGUGGAGACAAGGGUUGUUCUGGUGGGAGAAGCUGGCAGAAAUGGAGUGCUGGUCAAAGCACUGCAGGCCAUCAGAGUAAUGGAGGUACCGGUGGUAAAGAUAAGAGAAGGCGAGGCGGGUGCCGAGGAGAAAAUGAUGAUAAAAUCUAUAGUCAAUAUGGACAUCAGCAUCCCAUGCAUAAUGACAGACAACGUCCAGGAGUUUGGAGAUGGAGAUAACACUGAUUUUGAGACAGUGUUUGUCCUCACAGACUUUGAUUCUCCCGACUACAGCUACCUCUACAAACGUGACAACCGUAUCGUUGGGCCUCCUGUUGUGCUGCACUGUGCUGCAAAGGAGGAACCUCUACAGUUUUCAUGUCGUCCUCUCUACUCCACCACAAUGCUUAACCUGUCGCUGUGUUUCACUGGCUUCAGGAACAAAGAGGAAAUGAAGAACUUGGUGAAUCUGGUUCAUCACAUGGGUGGGACCAUCCGGAAAGAUUUCAGCACCAAGGUUACUCAUCUCAUUGCCUACUCCACUCAUGGAGAGAAAUACAGGCUGGCAGUGUGCAUGGGGACUCCCAUUCUCACUCCAUCGUGGAUUCACAAGGCCUGGGAAAGAAGAGAUGAUGUGCACUUUCAUGCAGGAGAAGAAGAGUUUCGAACAGAGUUCAAAGUGCCUCCGUUCCAGGACUGCAUCCUCAGUUUCUUGGGUUUCUCAGUUGAAGAGAAGGCCAACAUGGAGGAGAGGACUCUCAAACACGGUGGGAGUUAUCUUGAGGUUGGAGAUGAGAGGUGUACACACAUGGUAGUGGAGGAAAACUCAGUAAAGGAACUGCCGUUUUCUCCCUCCAAGAAACUGUUUGUGGUCAAACAGGAGUGGUUCUGGGGAAGCAUUCAGAUGGACGCUCGGGCUGGAGAGUCCAUGUACCUCUACGAGAAGAAUGACAGCCCAGCCAUGAAGAAGGCAGUGUCCCUCCUGUCCCUCACCACCCCCAACAGUAACCGUAAGCGUCGGCGUCUGAGGGAGACCCUGGCACAGCUCGCCAAGGAGACAGAGAUCUCCCCUUUCCCUCCACCACGCAAAAGGCCAUCAGCAGAGCACUCCCUGUCCAUGGGUUCUCUGCUGGACAUCUCUAACACCCCUGAGACAUGCAAGGCCUUGGCAGAGAGUUCAAAGCCAUCUAAGAGUUCCACUCCUGUUCUGUCCAAGCAGUCAGCCAGGUGGCAGGUCUCCAAGGAGUUCUACCAGACUGAGAGCAACUACGUAGACAUUUUAAGCACCAUCCUACAGCUUUUCAAGCUUCCAUUGGAAAAAGAGGGGCAAGUGGGUGGACCCAUCCUGGCCCAAGAAGAAGUGAAGACAAUAUUUGGCAGCAUCCCUGAAAUCUACGAGGUUCACACCAGAAUAAAGAGUGACCUUGAGGAGCUCCUGUCAGACUGGUCUGAGGACCGGAGUGUUGGAGAUAUCAUUCUCAAAUAUUCUAAAGAGCUGGUGAAGGCCUACCCACCCUUUGUCAACUUUUUUGAAAUGAGCAAGGAGACAAUUGUUCGGUGUGAGAAACAAAAGCCACGCUUCCAUGCUUUUCUCAAGAUCAAUCAGGCCAAGCCAGAGUGUGGUAGGCAGACACUAGUGGAACUGCUCAUCAGACCUGUACAGAGACUGCCUAGUGUGGCCCUUCUUCUUAAUGACAUAAAGAAGCAUACGUCAGAUGACAACCCGGACAAAAUAACACUGGAGAAAGCAAUUGAGUCUCUGAAAGAAGUCAUGACUCACAUCAAUGAGGACAAGAGGAAGACUGAAGGCCAGAAGCAGAUCUUCGAUGUUGUAUACGAAGUUGAUGGCUGUCCUGCCAAUUUGCUGUCUUCCCAUCGCAGUCUGGUUUACAGAGUAGAAACAAUCGCCCUGGGAGACCAGCCCUGUGACCGUGGAGAAAAUGUCACACUCUUCCUCUUCAAUGACUGCCUCGAGAUUGCGAGGAAGCGACACAAGGUGAUCAAUACGUUUAAGAGUCCGCUGGGACAGACGAGACCACCACCCCCGCUUAAACACAUCGCACUGAUGCCACUCUCCCAGAUCCGAAGAGUGCUAGACCUGCAGGACACAGAAGAGUGUGUGAAUGCAUUUGCCUUGGUGGUUCGCCCUCCAACUGAACAGGAGAACUUGUUGUUCAGCUUCCAACUGGCUGGAGAGGAAACAGUUAAAAGCGCCUGGCUGAGAACGCUUUGCCGCCAUGUCGCCAACACCAUCUGCAGGACUGAUGCGGAGGAUCUGAUUCAGUGUACAGACCCAGACUCACUGCAGGUCAGCACCAAGGAUAUGGACAGCACCCUGAGCAAAGCCUCCAGGGCCAUCAAGAAGACCUCUAAAAAGGUGACGAGAGCAUUUUCUUUCACGAAGACUCCGAAGCGUGUGAUCCAGAGGGCUUUCAUGGCCAGCAGUACUCCAGAAGAGAAAAGCCAGAGGCUGAGUUGUGAAAACCGCGUUGGCAGCAGCUCCACACUGGCGAUGUCUCGUUCUGCCUCCACGUUCAGUUUGAGUGAUACUGCCAAGAGCAGUGCUGUGGUACAGCGCUCUAACUCUCUGGACCAUCCUCCUGUCAGAGCCAGAGUCCCUGUCUGUAUACGCACCCCCUGCAGCCCAUCCCAUAGCCUCGGCCCUAACACUGGCGCUAAACUUAGCCAAAGCCUCUGCCCGGACUGCCCUAGCACUGGACAACCCAAGUCCAUUCUUCAUGCUCCGUCAUUGUCCCAACCAGCACAAGCCAAUUCAGGCCGUUCCAGCUCUAUUCCAGCUGCCCAAAACUCCACUCAGCUAAACUCCAAAAACUCCCAUCCAAAAUCUAGCCAGCAUGUGUCCAGACACCUACCCCCUGUAGGAUUCCAGCCAAGGUUUCCGGCACCUCAGCUGGUUAAUGUCAAAGACGGGACCUUUUCCAAGUCAUGCAGGGAUCCCCAAGUCCCCCUGGACCCACGAAAGGCUGCCCUGACCAGUCCUCGCAGGGAGACUCUGCUCUAAACCAUCGCUAAGCUCAGUGCUGGAAUCUGACGCACAUCAUUCUCCCUCCAUGGUCAAUCUGCCUUCCAUGUUUGAGAGGAAAUACCACACAUUCAGUCGUUCGACCACCCACCUUUUCUGAUUGGGAGCACCAGCAGGAGUCAUACCAUCUUUACCUUGACUGCUGCUAACAGCAAGUCUUAACCGGACAGGCGUAUGUGUAUAAAGUUAAAGCUACCUGUAAAUUAUGGCAAACUAGCAUUUGUCUAUACUGGAGCUCCUCAUAGAUUUUUCAAACCUACAGGAAGUGGCAUUUAGCCACAUUUGGAAAAAUGCACUGAAAAAUUCACAAUCGUCCAGCUACUGUUAGAGUGCUUCACAGCUGAAAUUUGGGCCCAGAAGGGUUAAAAAAUAAACCAGUUGUUUGUCAAUCUGAUGCCUAAUGUGAUGCAUUCAGCUGAUACCGCCCACAUCUGACAAGGCAGUAUGGUGUAUCUUUCCAAAUGCACAAUGCUUGAACUAAGACUGUUUUACUAAGAGCUAAUUGGAUCUGUACUGCACCAUGCUAGGGGCUACAGCUGUGUGGUCGCCAUUGGAAUGUAAGUUUGCCUUACCCUUAAAAAGAUGAAGGAUGCUCUGCUUUUUGUCUGCAGUUGUUAAUGGAUUAUUUUGAUUUAUUUGUUAAUAUACUUCAUCAAAUCUUGUGUUGAUAAGUUGCCUGUUUAGCUUCCUGGUUGGUUACCAUUGUUGGAAGUGUUAACACUAAAUAAAAAUCACAUCUUUUCUCUCAGUUUUAAAUAGGGACUUUGAGUUGUCCCCAGGUGUCCCUGGAUGCUAUUUUUAUUUCCUUGUGCUUUGGUAAAGUAAAAUAACAUUUAAUUUUGAGAUGUUUAGGUAUUUCUAUAUAACAAAUGCAGAUUGUUAAACUUUUUGUGUUUCUGACAUACUAAAGAUACAGGGUUGACUUCUCUUGCCCUUUACUUUGAGACUUUUUUUAAAUUAACCUACUCAGUAAGAGACCUUUAUAUUAACUGACAUUAAAUGUUUUAUUUUAGUGGGGUAGACUUAAUUUCACCUGAUAUAAUAAUAUGGUAAUUAUCCCAUCCUCAACAUUUAAAGCUAUGAUAGCUUCCAGCUUUUAUAAAGCUUGUAUUUGGCAUCCUUUAGAGAUUUGUUGAGGAGAACAAAAAGCAUUCCUGCUCUUGUUCCCUGUACGGCCAUUGAUGUUUUAAAAGAUCUUUUUAAAGUGUGUCUGUGCGUAUCUGUGUGUGUGUUUAAGAAGGAAGGCUGCGUCAGUGUACAUAUUUAUUCUUAAAGAAUCCUUUUUUUUUUUUCUGUUUCUUUUUCCUGUUGCUAUUUAUGUUGUUUUCUGCGUGUAUGUCUGUUUUUUCUGUAAUGCUGUUUUCAGUGAGCUCCAAUGGUCUCCUGUUGUUUCAUCUCUGUAUUAAAUGCACUUAAACAUGUACGUUAAGAUUUUUUUUUUUUUUUUUACUCCGGUGUAUUUGUCUUUUAUCACCAGAACAUUCUUAAAACAAUUCAGUUUAUUUGUAGGGGAUGCUGACUCAAUAUACCAAGUCGUUUGUGUCAAAAUAAAUAAUUUUAUUUCCUUUUUA